AUGUAUAGAUCAUUUCUGACAUGUGAUGAUCCCAAAGGAGUUGUAGGAUGUGGGACUAUCAGGAAAUACAGGACUUGUUCUCACAAAAUGAAGGACAAGACUAAAGUCCAGAAGAGAGAUGAACACUUAGAGACAUCCUUGAUGAACAAAAGAUACAACAAAGAAGAGAAGUUCCCAAAAGGAACUGAUGGAAGUCUCAUUGGUCCAUCAUCCAUGCAGCUCUCACAGGUCUCUAGAGGGGACCAAAGUUUGAACAACAUGAUAGAUUCAUGGUCUAGAGAUCUUAUAUAUGGUGAAAAGUCUGAAGAUAUUGCACAACAUAUUCUAAAAGGUGCUCUAGAUUUGCAAGAUUCUCUAAUCAUGCUUCGCAAGUUGCAAGAGGCUUCGCAGCAUACAACUCCUUUUAGGAGAAAACAGACAGAGAAACUCAAAAGAGAUACAAUUGAUGCAAAGAUGAUUGGUAAAAUGCAAGCUAAUCCAUUUAGUGAACAAAGUAAUCCAAAGGGGCUUCAAAGUCCUCAACCUUGUGCUGGUGGUUCUUCAAGUAAUUGCAAAGAGGAACUUAAGAAAGUGAUUAAGGAGAGUUUGGUUAGGCAAAAUAUGUUUCCGACAAUGACCACUGAAGGAUUGAAUUCAGCUUCAGAAACUUUUUCCACAAGUCCAAGUCACUCUUCUGGGGUCAGGACUAACAGCAUUUCUGAUCCUUCUUUCUCAGUAAUAGCUCCAAAGGUGGAAAGAGGACCCAGCCUAGUAGUCAAGUUGAUGGGUUUAGAAGAACCCCCCUCAAGAUCAUUUCCAUCUGUCAUGCAGAAACAGUUGGAUGGUGAAAAGAUUAUGAACCAGAAGAGACCUAUAUUUGAUAUAGAUAUGUCAAAGGUAGCAAAGAAUGAUUUCAUAGCUGAGAAGAUUAGUCCAGAAGAAAAGGCCCCAAGGGAAACUCUUGACACCAUGCAUUUCAAAGGACUUCUCAACAAGAGUUUUGUCAAAGAGCAUAAGCUUCAGGUCCAUCAUCUCAAUCAUCCAAAUUCCAAGCAGAUAAUGAAAACUCAAUGCACUCUAUACCAGGAAUCAGUGAAAACCCCUACACGAGAAGAGCUAUCCAUGAGAAAACUGAAAGCAGAAAUAGUCUAUUCCAAAAAUGUCAAACACAGAAAAGGUUCCAGUUCCACCAACAUGGUAAAAGAAAUGGAAAAAGGUGAAACCAAACGGCUCAACAAAGAAGAAGAACCUAAAUUUCUCAAGGAGGUCGUGAAACCAGAUGCAAAAGGAAUCAUUCUUCCUAUUGAAGCAUCAUCAGGUAAAGUAAAACUGUAUUGUCACACUGGUUACACAUCACGGGUGAACGAGACAAUUGAUAAAAAAUGGAAGGUGCAAACCAUUAGUAGAAAACAGCCAGAAAAUGCAAGGCAUCAAUAUCAACGAGAAAUCACUACCCCCACAAAAUUGAGGAAGUCAAAAAGUAGGUCCACAAUCGAUAAGGCUGAGAAUUCCCACCUAAAGAGCACAGGUUCAGACAAUAUCUCCAUCUCAAAAACAGAGGCACCAGGAACUAAUAAUUCCAAGGAGCUCAAUAUGGAGAUUAAAAAUUUUGAUUCUGUGGUAGAUUCCUUGAUACUUGGAAAGAAUCAGAUGAAGAACCAUUGUCCUGUUUCUGAGCCUAAGCCAGCUAAACUAAUUGUUGAUCAAAUCAAGCAGGGAAUAGAAAAUAAAACUAUUGAUGUUCCUGGUAAGGAGGAUUUUACUGAGAUUAGGAUGGCUAAUACAGUAGUAGAUGAACUCCUGAUGGUGUGUGAAGCAGAUGCCUGCACAAAAUGGAAGGUGAACAAGUGUUCUUCAAGCAAUGACAUUAUGCUGCUAAACUCUGAACAUGAAAAUGAUUCUACCCUUGCUGAAGAAGCUCAUGAAAACACUAAAUGCAGUGAAGCUGAUGAUAGCAUUAACCAUGACCAAGAAGGGACUGAACUGAAACAUUUUCUCUUAACCAGUGAAUCAUUCAUUGGACAUGCAAAGCAGUUCUUUAAUCUUGAUUGGGAUUGGGCCAAGAUCCUACAAAAAGGUGAAACUAACUAUGGCAUGGACAAUCUGAGACUUUAUUUGGAUUAUGCAAAUGAAGUCAUUGAGCUUAAAAGCCUUCAAGAGUCACAAGUAGUUUGUUCUUUCUUGCUAGCAUGUAGGGGGGACUCAAGAUUACACAUCUCCUUAGGCAAGUUGGUUGAAGAAAUCUAUAAUGCCAUUGAGAAUCUGAAAUUUUACAAUGAAAAACCUUUUGCUGGCAAUGUCUUUGCAAUAAUGGAGAAAGAUAUGAAAUGCAAUGGAGUGAUAAAUAGUAUGUGGGAGAGGGGUUGGAGGCAUGGAUUUUCUGCAGAUGAGGCUGAGCUAGUUGUCAAUAAAAUAGAGACCCUGCUUCUAAUUGGAUUAAUUGAGGAGCUUAUUAUAAAUUUAUGA